AUGGACAAACUCAAAGAAAGCGUCGAGUCUGCAAAACAGAAAAUCGGAGAUACUGUUGAUAAUGCCAAGUCCAAAGUAGACGACGCCUAUAACAAGGGCAAGGAACAAGUCACGUCUGCGGCUGAUAAGGCGAAGGAACAAGUUGAAAAGGCCAUCGGAGGAGGAGGAGGAGGAGGAGGAGGAGGAGGUAGUGGUGAUAAUAAGUAG